GGUGCCUGGCCUGGGUGGCACCGGGGACCAGCUCAAAUUAAGGAAAAGUUAUAUCCUUCCUUGUGUAAGCAACAUCUACUUGUGCAAGAGAUCAGUCAUGCAGCCGCCGCCCCAGGCAGUCCCAUCUGGUGUGGCUGGACCACCUCCGGCCGGGAAUCCUCAGAGCAUGUUCUGGGCUAACAGCCCUUACAGAAGACGGACCAAUAAUAACGUACCAGUGGCUCCGAUAACUUGCCCCUUGCAGCCAGUAACGGAUCCGUUUGCUUUUAGUAGGCAGGCCCUCCAAAAUACACCGCUGGGCAGUUUGUCCAAAAGCAGCCCACCCAUCUUGCAAAGCUCAGCACCACCAGGGUUUCCUCAGUGCCCUGGUUUGCCUGUGCCUCACACAGAUGCCAGGGAUAGCUCCCAAGGACCCUGUGAGCCUCUGCCGAGACCUCUGUCACAGCCCAGAGCAGAUGCCAGUUCAUUUUCUGGUGCAUUGACACCUUCAGCGCUGCCCAGGGCUGAGACGAUCAGGAGUGCAGAGGUCCGUCCCGGCUCAGAGCCUGGAGUUCAGGCUCCACCGUAUCUGCCCCACUACAUUCCAGGAGUGGGUCCUGACACAUCUCAGGGGACCCAUCUGCAUGGGAACCUGCCUGGGCCCGACCAACCCCUGAGUAGGCAAAACCCGCCUGAUGGUGUGGUAGCCCCAGCAGCAUCCCCCUUCUCCCCGCAGCCUUGUCAACAGAUGCUGGGUCAGUGGGGCCCAGUGCAGGCAAGCCCACAGCCCUCAGGUCAGCAUUACUCGCCCUGCCCGGAAGGACCUGUUCAGAGCGCAGCGCCCCAUGCCACCAGCGUUCCCCAUCUCCCCCCUUCAUCCAGCCCACAUCAGGGUGUUGGCCAUGAGCAACAGAACCAACUGGUGUCUCUUUCAGCACCCUUGGCCAGUGACAGAAGAAGCGAGGUGGCCCAUCCGCAAAGUGGAAGCUACUCAGCAAAUAACUUUGAUCCUGAAAAUACGUUCAGGCAAAACCCCAGAGUUGGGAAUACCUGGGCAAGCCAGGAGUUCAGGCAGAAUCCAGGAGUGACUAAAGAGCACUGGCCAGCUCCCACUCUUGUGAGCCCCGUCACUCAGGGAGGUCACCCAGAAAACCACGUGCACUACGCCCCAAGGACUGGGGCCAGCCUCUCCCUUCCAGAUACAGACUCAGGAGCUCUCUCAAUGUUUUUCCAAGGGGGAGAGACAGAAAAUGAGGAGAAUCUCUCAUCUGAAAAAGCAGGCUCUGCUGGUAAAUCAGACUUUGAUGGUUUCUCCUCCAGCCCUGGACUGGGCCAUCCACCCCCACUUGUGCACAUGGCAGCAGGUGGCAUCUGCCAGGGCUUUCUCAAAGGCUCCAACAUUGAGACGACACAGCAGGGUGGGGAUGCACACCUUUAUUUUUCUCAGUCUGUAGGCAUUCAACACGAUCAGCAAACUACCAGAAACGCUGCUAGUGACAUGUGGGGUGACACAGCGAGUGCAGGGACUCAAGGUGCCAGCAGUUCACAGUGUGAGAAUAUUGAGAACUUAGAAUUCGUUCAGAAUCAAGAAGUUCUGCCAAGCGAGUCCCUAAAUUUGGAUCCUUCGUCUCCAGGUGAUCAGUUCAGAUACGGGGUCCUUCCUGGGCCAGCUGUCCCCAGGCACAAUGUUGUGGGCCACACCGGAGCCCCUGAAGCAGCGAUGCAUCCUGCGAGGUCUGAUAGUGUGUCAUCCAGCUACAGCAGCAAAAGCCACAGGAAUCUUUCGAGUUCAACCAGGCCCCAGGAACUAGUUGGCACAUUUAUUCAGCAAGAAGUUGGAAAACCUGAAGAUGAAGUUUCAGGUAGUUUUUUUAAGCAAAUCGAUUCCUCUCCCGUAGGAGGUGAAACAGAUGAGAGCACCGUGAGCCAGAACUACCAUAGCAGCGUGUCCCAGCCCUCAACUCCAAGCCCCCCAAAACCUACAGGAAUAUUUCAGACAAGUGCAAAUAGUUCUUUUGAACCAGUAAAAUCUCACUUAGUCGGGGUAAAACCAGUUGAGGUAGACCGUGCCAAUGUGGUGGGUGAAGUGAGGGGGACCCGUGCCCGCCAGAAGAAGCGCAGACCACCUGACGCUUCCCCUGGCAACCUGGAGCAGCCGCCAGACAACAUGGAGACGUUCUUUGCACCCCAGGUCUGUCCUCUGCCUGUAAACACCACUGCAGAAGCUGGGCAUGUGCUUCCGCACAGUGGGGCGCCACCCUUGGAUACUGUGUAUCCGACACCGGACAGGAAGCCCUCAGGCAGGGCUCAGGGGAUGGUGAAGUGUGAGAGCCCAGCGACAACUCUGUGGGCACAAAAUGAGCUGCCGGAUUUUGGAGGCAACGUCCUUCUAGCCCCAGCGGCUCCUGCGCUUCAGGUACCAGCAAAACCUCAGCCGUCUGCAGUGGUUCAGCCUCCAGAAGAGGUGGUGUCUGGGCAGCAGUCACAGAAGCCAAGCUCUGCCUCCCCUCUGCAGAACCGAGAUGGGAUUGGUGCUUCCGAGAACCUUGAGAAUCCUCCCAACGUGGGUGAAGAGGAGGCCCUUCAGCCACAGGUAAUGAAAGAUGCACAGGACCAGCCUGGCCUGGGAGGAGCGCUGCAAGAGUUAGUGCCUCCUCAGCAGCAGAAUUCUCCUCCACAAGUGCCCAAAGCAACGUCUGCGGAAUCUUCAAAUGCAGAAAGUCUGCCAGCACAAGGACAGUCCCAAAACUCAGCCCAGGCACCAGCAAGCCUGGCUCCAGUUGACACAGGUCAGCAGCUGCUGCCUCAGGCCUCCAGCGUGUCGUUGGUGUCCAUUGGCUCGAGCCAGGCAGCCACGCAGUCAGAGCAGCAGUGGCCACAGCCAACACCUCCACACACCUUGGGCCCACCGCCUCAGGACUUAGCAUCCUACUACUACUAUAGACCUCUGUAUGAUGGCUACCAGUCUCAGUACCCCUCCCUGUACCCACCAGAUCCUGGGGCAGCCUCCCUCUAUUACCCGGACGUCUACGGCCUCUAUGAGCCUCGAUACAGGCCCUACGACAGCACAGCAUCUGCGUACGCUGAGAACUACCGCUACCCUGAGCCCGAGCGGCCCAGUUCCCGAGCAAGUCACUGCUCCGACCGGCCACCUCCCAGGCAAGGGUAUCCUGACGGAUACUAUAAUUCCAAAAGUGGAUGGAGCAGUCAGAGCGAUUACUAUGCAAAUUAUUACUCCAGCCAGUACGAUUAUGGAGCCCCUCUGGGGUCCCACUGUGCUAGAUUCAAGGACCCCCGCACCUGUGACCGGAGGUACUGGUGUGAUGUGGAGUACGACCCGUAUAGGAAAGAGCCCUAUGCCUAUGGCGACAGGCCCGAGAAAUGUGACGACUCCUGGAGGUAUGACCCUCGUUUCACCGGGAGUUUUGACGACAACCCAGAGCCCCAUAGAGACCCUUAUGGGGAAGAGGUGGACAGGCGCAGCGUCCACAGUGAGCACUCGGCGCGGAGCCUGCGUAGCGCGCACAGCCUGCCGAGCCGUCGCAGCAGCCUCAGCUCCCACUCGCACCAGAGUCAGAUUUACAGAAGUCACAAUGUAACUGCCGGUUCCUAUGAGGCCCCACUUCCUCCAGGCUCCUUUCGUGGCGAUUAUGCCUACGGCACGUACGGCAGCAACUUCCACGGUGCCCAGGGCUUCCCAGAGUAUGGCUACGCUGCAGACAGUGGCUGGUCCACUGUGGAACAAGGGUGGUUCUGA